AUGGAGAGAGGAUGGAAGGGCGGCAGCGCUGAUCAGCUAUCGCCUCACUGCCCGCGCUGCGGCGCUUCCAACACCAAAUUUUGCUACUACAACAACUACAGCUUGACUCAGCCUCGCUACUUCUGCAAGGGCUGCCGCCGGUACUGGACCAGAGGCGGCUCCCUCCGCAACGUCCCCAUCGGCGGCGGUUGCCGGAAGAACCGAAGAGGCAAGUCCUUCCGAAUGUCCGCCGACGUCUCCGCGAGGAGCCGAGGCGCAGCCCCGCAUGACCCGCCGCUCGGCGGUGGCCCCGCCCACCGUGGUCCCAGCAGCAUUGAUCUGGCAGUCGUCUACGCGAACUACUUGAAUCCGCAACCUGAUUCCAAUGGAUCUCGAUUUCGGGCGGCCGAAUCGGGCAAUGGGCGGUUUGAUCCGUCGUUUGAGCUUAGCAGUACAAGUUUCCUGGGUUCGAGUAAUGCUGCACGGCAAGUGCCGGCAGAGACUGGUGUGUUUGAGUGUUCGGAGCUUUCCGACCCGUCCGUGGAAACGGGUCGGAGUGAGGGUGACAUGAUGUAUGCUUGUGAGUUGGAAUCCAUGGGGGGGCAACAAGGGUGUGUUGAAGAAUUAUUUAUGGCAAGUCGUGGUGGAUGUUAUGGGCUGCCAUCGUUGCCAGGUGAAGUAGAGAUUAACAAUGGUGAUCAAGUAAUGCUGUGGUCAACUCAACAAAUGGCGGGUUUCAACCCCACCCGAUUAUCAGGGUUCGAACCUGUAGAGACUCAUCCAAAUCCAAAUCUUUUCGCAGCUGAUAAUUGGAGCUCCAUUGAUCAUUUUUCAAGUUGUAAAACUUUCUCUUGGCUGCCUUAA